UUUCAGAAACAUGCCGAAAGAUAAGAAGAAAGACGAGCUCAAUACCGAAAUAGAACAUGUUGACAGGAACAUAGCUUCUCUCAGUGCUAUUCCUAGAUUAUUUGAAAUGACAUACAUAACAAGGCUGACUUUGAGUCAUAACAGAUUAACUUUAAUCCCUCCAAAUAUUGCGGAUCUUGAGAACCUUCAGGUGCUCACGCUUUGGAACAACCAGAUUGAAGAACUGCCCUCCUCAAUCUCGAGCCUUUCAAAGCUGCGUAUACUCAAUGUGGGCAUGAAUCGCCUGUCGGUAUUACCGCGUGGCUUUGGUUCGUUCAAAUCGCUAGAAAUCCUCGACCUGACCUACAACAACCUGAACGAAAGAAGUCUUCCGGGAAACUUCUUCUUUAUUGAUACUUUGCGAGCGUUGUACCUGGGAGACAAUGAUUUUGAGCUGCUUCCUGGAGAUGUGAUGAAUCUGCGAAACUUGCAGAUACUAGUUCUGCGCGACAACGAUCUCUUGGCAAUUCCGCGAGAAAUUGGGCACCUCACCAACUUGAAAGAGCUACACGUCCAGGGAAAUCGGCUCACUAUUUUGCCACCUGAAUUGGGACAGCUGGAUUUGAUUGGCAACAAACAAGUGUUGCGACUUGAGCACAACCCAUGGGUUCCAAAUAUUCAGGAGCAGUUCGAUGCAAGAGGCGCUCAAGGCGUCAUGGACUUCAUACGUAGCGAUCAGUAUAAAUACUUUUACGGGCGACAGGAGGUCACAACUGGACCAGUGCCUCCAAAACGAAAUAAGGAUAAGAAGCUGUCCAGAAGAACACAUCAGUCUCAGUGUGGUUCGUAGGGAGGCGAGCGCGUGAUUGUGGUUGGUCUACUUGCGAAGCAAUAUCAUUUUCGCAAUUUGCCCGCGCGUGGUUAGUCUUAGUCAAAAAUAUAUUACAGCUGAUUGACUUGGCACGUCCUGCACACCUUCCUCGGAAGGCUGACAGUUCUUCAUGGGCUGUGCAGUGCCUCACCUAGAGAGUUUUGUAUGAAUGCUCUCGUUUUCAGCCUUCAAGUGGGAGAAAUGUUUGAAAUUUUUUGCUUUUCAGGCGUAGUCAUCAGUAAAGUUGAGUAGAUUUUCCGCCUAACAUAUGUGCUUGCACUAGGUGAAAUGCGGUGAAAAUUGCGCGUGAAGAAUUAGCAAUGCCUGACGCCUCCCAAUUGCUCGCGUAGAAUGCCGGCAUUCCUGACAAGCUAAUCGUUUACGCGCAAAUUUUACCACAGUUCAUUUACAGUGCCCGCACACUACAUUGAGCGGGAUAUCUACUCCACUGUACUUGGCUAACUUUUUUGGAUACACGAGUAUCAGAAAGAGAGCUGAAUGAUUCGUCAAAUCACUCCAGCAGAUGCGUGCUGAGUCAAAAAUUCUCUCGAUGUGUGGCCACACACAUCAGAAAGAUCCGCUUGACUAGAUCAGCCACGCGCGGGCAAAACCAUAGUCACGCGCUGAAAGUGUAAUGCAUGUAUUUAUGUAAUGGUGGUUAGCAUUUGAAUCGCCUUGUAUUGUUAAUUAACUGCCAAGUUGCAUGAAACUAAG